AUGUCUACUGAUCUGUCGGAGCUUCAAUACAACCCCAACUCUAAGCUGUUGGGCCUUCCUCACAGCUCAGAAGAUGUGACCAUGAACAUUAGCCAGAUCAACAAGCUGACGCAAGAUCUCGUAGCAGAGACCAACGCGAAUUUCACUCCUCAACCGCAUGCCGAAUCUACUGCUAUGAUCAAGAAAAUGUUCGAAAAUGGGUUGAAGCAGACACAGCAGCAGAAGUUGGCCGACGCCCUGAAGUCCAUCAACCUGGCCAUCGAAAUGGCCCAGCGUAAGCGUACUACGUGGGAAGCCUUCGCCGUUCAGUUACAAGAGCUACAAUUCAUGCUGAAAAAUAGAGUAGACUUAUGCCUGGUGCAGGGUAGAUUCAUGGACGCCUUGCAAGAUCUAGACUUUUUGCAGAAUACAGGUCUCAACUCUUCCGACGUGUUCAUCCGCAAGACGGACGCUCUGAUCAAACUGAAGCAGUAUGAACAGGCUCGCGCCGAAUGUGAAAGGGGUUUAAGUCUCGACCCUACCAAUGUCAAGUUGAAGGCCCUACUGAUAGAAAAUACUCGCAGGCUUGCAGAGUACAACGGCGACAUCUGA